AUGUCAUACUUUGGUUUGGAUAACAGAACGGCCUGGGAUAAUGUUACGCUACUCAUGCCAGCGAUGCAAAAUAACAACAAAGAUACAAAACAACAAAGAUACAAAACAACAAAGAUACAAAACAACAAAGACACAAAACAACAAGUAUACAAAGUAGCAAAGAUAAAAAAGUGUUUUCGGAGCAGGCCAAUGUUUUUAGCUUAUCAGAAUUCACAUGAGUCGCGUGUGUCCUGUUGCAUCUUGUGGUUGGUGGCUGUCGUGUGGUGGGUGGCUGUCGUGUGGUGGGUGGCUGUCGUGUGGUGA